UGGACGUUGACCAAUCAGACAGCUGCAUGUGGAAGGUCUCAGCCAAUGAUGGAGGCCUGGCCAGCAGCCUGGGUCCUACUUUUAACGCUAAUCGCUGAUUGGCUGGAAGCGGCUCAAUCGCGGGACUUCACUGUGAAGGACAUCAUCCUUCUCCAUCCAUCAACCACACCUCAUCCUGGAGGGUUCAAGUGCUUCACAUGCAAAGAUGCACCAGACAACUACGAAUGCAAUCGCUGGGCUCCAGACGUAUACUGCCCACGAGAGACCAGGUACUGCUACACCCUCCAUGUGUUGGACGUGCAGGGGAACACUGUGUCUGUGACCAAACGCUGCGUGGCCCUGGCCCACUGUCUGUCUCCAGGCUGCUCCCAGGACAACCAUGAAGGAUACAAGGUCUGCACUGCUUGCUGUGAAGGAAACAUCUGUAACAUGCAGUUGCCAAGAAACAAGACAGACGCCAUCUUUUCCACCACCUCUCUCCUCCACAGCAGUAACGGUCUACUCACACACUACUGGCUGCUCACUGGCUGUCUGAGCUCUACCGUCAUCAGCGUCAUGCUAUCCAACAGUCUAUGACAUCUAACACUCCUACUGUCAUCAGCGUCAUGCUAUCCAACAGUCUAUGACAUCUAACACUCCUACCGUCAUCAGCGUCAUGCUAUCCAACAGUCUAUGACAUCUAACACUCCUACCAUCAUCAGCGUCAUGCUAUCCAACAGUCUGUGACAUCUAACACUCCUACCGUCAUCAGCGUCAUGCUAUCCAACAGUCUGACAUCUAACACUCCUACCGCCAUCAGCGUCAUGCUAUCCAACAGUCUGUGACAUCUAACACUCCUACCGCCAUCAGCGUCAUGCUAUCCAACAGUCUGUGACAUCUAACACUCCUACCGCCAUCAGCGUCAUGCUAUCCAACAGUCUAUGACAUCUAUCACUCCUACUGUCAUCAGCGUCAUGCUAUCCAACAGUCUAUGACAUCUAACACUCCGACCGUCAUCAGCGUCAUGCUAUCCAACAGUCUAUGACAUCUAACACUCCUUCUGCAUGGUAGAGGAAGUAGAUCUGAAGUUUGAUCACCAGAUAUUUGGUGUUAUAAUUUUAUGAAGUUGCUUUUCUGUUGUUUAAUUUAUUUAAUUUUUCCUAUUUUUUAACCAAGACAGUAUUGACGGAAUCUUCUAGAUUUUGUCUCAUCGUAAGAAGUUCUCCUGUUAUAUUUACUGGAUUCUAUGUGCAGUAUGUGAUAUAUGUACAUAGUAUUUAUUUUGUUUAAUACAUUUAACAAUUGUUAAAUACCUUUAGUUAACAUUGGAUUCAGGUAGAAUGAAAAGUGAACUAGGUUGCAGUGCGGUGUUUUUGUUCCUGGAGUCGUGUGGUUGGUUGGUUGGUUUAGGCUGUGUGCCCACCAUACCCAUUUCCUCUCAACCCAUUGGCUGUCUGGCGCUGGCUGUGGAAGAUAUGUCAACCAUAACACUACAACGUUGUAACAUGUUUCUGUAUUUCUUACAGUUCUGUCCAAUAGAAAGGUUGCCACUUAUUGAUUAGCAUAUCGUCUUGACGAUGAUGGUCUAAACUUCCUGUACAGAUCCCAUAUACCAGGUUUGGUAUACAUUGUGUUCACCAUUAAAUGUAUUAUACCAGGUUUGGUAUACAUUGUGUUCACCAUUAAAUGUAUUAUACCAGGUUUGGUAUACAUUGUGUUCACCAUUAAAUGUAUUAUACCAGGUUUGGUAUACAUUGUGUUCACCAUUAAAUGUAUUAUACCAGGUUUGGUAUACAUUGUGUUCACCAUUAAAUGUAUUAUACCAGGUUUGGUAUACAUUGUGUUCACCAUUAAAUGUAUUAUACCAGGUUU